CAGAGCAUUUGAUACCGAAACGUUAAAAUGUUCGAUGAUCUUCUGCAAAAUGACAACGAAAUCUUUUUCAAACAGUUGGAAAAAGAUUUCCAUAAAUCAGAAAAAGACUUGAUGGAGUUUAUUGAGAUUAUGAGGAAAUGGAGUGAGACGCAAAAGCAUUUUCCUGAAAAACCAAGUGAUGGUCUUCUCCGUUUCGUAAUUCUGUAUAACAAAUUCAGCAUAGAAACAGCCAAACAGAAGUUGGACACGUUUUAUACAAUAAGAAGCUUAAUGCCGGAAUUAUUCAAAACUCAUCCUUUGACUGAAGAUUGGAUUUUUCAACGCAAAAUCUACUAUUUAGUUCCUCUGCCCAAAGUUGCAGAUGAAAACAUAAGGAUAAUCUACCAAAGAAUAAAUCCCGACUAUAAAGAUGCAAAAUAUUUUAAUUUUGAGAACAAUUUAGUUGUUUACUUGCACGUCAUGCAAUACAUGGCUGAAAAUGAUCUGUGCUAUCGUUUCCAUUUCGUUGCCGAUUGUUCUGGAUUCAAUUUGGGACAUACUGCUAAAAUGAAUCCUUUAAGUAUAAGGAAAUUACAGAUAUUAUUGGAAAAAGUAUUUUCGAAUCGAAUGGCUUCACUUCACAUCGUAAAUGCACCCUCAUUCAUGGAAUCUUUUAUGAAUAAUGUGUUUCUACCUUUGCUUAAUCGUAAACUUCGAGAUCGAGCUCAAAUUAGUUCAAACACGGAUAAUUUGUUUAAAGUAUUUGGUAAAGAACGCCUUCCGAAAGAUGUAGGGGGCGAAGAAAAACCUUUGAGUGAACUAAGUGAUAUGUUAACACAACAAUACAGAAAUCACGAAGCAAGGUUUUCUGAGCUGCAAAAUCUUACUGUAAAUGAAUCUCUAAGGCCAGACAAACUUCAAAACGAUGACUUACUGGGUUAUUAUGGCAGUUUUAGGAAACUGGAUAUUGAUUAAAAUUAUUGUUAUGAUAUAAAAUGUAUAUUUGAUUC